UGGUCGUCGCUCUCCUGGUGCUGAGAUUCCCCGCAGGCAGCCCCUCCACAGGCCUCCCCUCUGGCCUUGAAGGCUCUGCUUGUCUUCUCAUCCCGGGAGGAGGGCAAGGCCAUGGGUCUGCCCCUGCUGCUGCCCCUGCUGCUGUCCCUGGCAUCUCUGCAGGCAGGUCACUGUGCAGAACCCAUUCCAAACACUGACUUUGGGAUGAACCAACCAAAGAAACUCUCAGCCCCCAAGGGUGGCUCCAUCCACAUCCCCUUCUCCUUCUAUUACUCCUGGGAAUCAGCCAAGGUUCCCAACGUGAGAAUAUCCUGGAGAUGGAAACACUUCCAUGGGGAGUUCAUCUACAACACAACCCCGCUGUUCAUCCACAAGGAUUUCAAGGACCGGCUCCUCCUGAACUGGACAAAGGGUGGGAAGAGCGGCUCCCUCCAGAUCUCGAAACUGCGGUGGGAGGAUGAGUCUAGGUACUUCUGCCAGGUGGAGGUGGACACACUGAGAAAAGGCAAGCAGACAUGGCAGUCCAUCGAGGGAACCACACUCACCGUCAUCCCCAGGGAUCCUUCCAAAACCCGGAGGAGAAAUACGAGAACAUUGGGAAUAAAGGAUGACGACAUCUUCUAUGCCUCCCUCGCCCUCUCCAGCUUGACCUCACCAGCAGCGCCUCCCCACCCGCCUCCCCAAGAGGGCCCCCAGGAAGAGACCCUAUACUCUGUCUUAAAGGCCUAAGGAGUGGGACUGAGUGAGGACCUGCUUAGAGUCAGCUGCACACAGGGAUCUCAGUUCCUCAUAAUCACCCUGGACAGACACAGACGACUCACAAGCCAGCAGGUGUUGAAGGCCACCAAGGACCUGAGAGACACAUAGCCCAAUGCGCCAGUUCCCUCUUCAACUUCCUAGCCCUUGACCACAAAAAUAA